GUGAGAGUGUGAGUAAAUCAGAUGUGGGGAUUAUAAUGGUCUACGUGGAGAGUAGCCGGACCGUAUGACCGCCAGUCCGACUCGAAAGAGAAAGAAAGUUGAGGAGAGAGGGGGAGGCGACGAAAGGCGGAGAAGGAAAGAGAAAGCGCGCAGCUGAACAGGGCAGGACGUCAGGAGCCAUCAUUUUCCUGAGAGGACUCCAAGCGGCUGGUGAAGGACCGAGAGGGGGUUCACAGGCCCUGCGUGAAUUUGGUUAAUUCGUUUUUAGAGAGGCGAUAGAGCCCGGGGGAUGUGUUUACGAGCCCCGCGCAGGAAUUUUAAACGCUGAAUUCUCCAGCGUUACAUUUUCACUCGCGUCCGCUUAUUGUGUACGCGAAUACCAGCCGACGCCGACCAUAUUCAGAACGCACUGGUAGGAGCUUUUCCUCUCCCCCGCCAGUCCGCCUCGGACCCGAUGUGGUCUUUGGAGUCCGUCUGAUCCCGGGGGUGUGCGCGAUGGCUGCGUCGGGCGGACCGAAGAGCGAGAAGUUGGACGAGGCGCAGGCGCUGGCGAAAAGCUGUGCGGGGCGACCGGACUUUCUGCCGUGUGACGGACUGUCCAUAUGUGCAACCCACAGUCACGGAAAGUGCUUCAAGCUGCAUUGGUGCUGUCAUCUGGGCUGGUGCCACUGUAAAUAUGUCUACCAGCCUAUGACCAAUGUCUGUCAGCUUCCAAGCACUGCAGUUCCUCCCAAGCCUUCCGACCACGUCCACACGAUGAACCUGUCAAUCUCCCUGACGGAGCGCCUCCUUGGGACCGCCCCCAAAUUCAAAGCACCGCCCUGCCCAGAGUCGCCCAAGUUCUGUGUGAUUGCCGACCUCUUCGUCGAUGACUACAUAGUGAAACGGAUCAACGGGAAGAUGUGCUACGUCCAGCGGCCAAUGCCGGCGACGCCCGGCCCGCCCCAGCCGCCGAUGGCCCCGCCUCCCCAGCCGCCCCCACGGCCCGCCCACAAGCAGGAGGCCCAGGUGGGGGAAGCUUCAGACGAGCAAAGUCCAAAAGGUCCGAAAAUGGACCACUGCUCAUCGCCCUCCAGCUCAGAGGACUCCGGGAUCAACGCGUUGGGGCUCCACUGCACGGAGUCGUGCGAAGAAGACUCGUGCGAGCACGAUGAAGAUGAAGAGGAGGAGGAGGAUGAGCUGAGCACAGAUGGUGACUCCAGUCCUGGGAGUCUCUGGGAGCAGGACAGAUGCAGUCUGCUUUCGCCGUCCAAGUCUACCGUGGAGAUCAUUGAGAAGAUCGAGACAACGGUGUGACAUGUCGAGAUAGUCGAUGUUGGUUCAGACAACAUGCACCUACGCCAUCCCAGUCCUUAGACUGCGGAUGUGAGUUGACGCUUGGUUGGCUGAACCUGAGCUCAACCAAAAAAAAAAACAAAAGGACACAUGCACUCUUCCACACACACAAUCUGUUAGCACACCUGUGAUGAUUUUCCAGAACUCUCUCUCCCUCUCUCCGGUCCUUCUCUGCGUCAGUUCUUACCACAAUCCCCUGUACACCCGUCUCCUUCACAUGAUGACUCUGCUACGGAUUACACACAAUAGCAGUCACAAAUACAGUCAUAAGUACAGCCGUGUUAUUUCAGAGAUGGAAUAUAUGGUUCCAAAGAAUUCUUUGACAGAUACACCUGCUCUGUAAACAAAAAUGAUCCGAGUACAGGUGCAUUCUUCUGACAAAAGUGGUGUGUUAAAUAAAUCGGAAACGAAAGCUUUGAGGUCAUGAGGAGAGUAUAAUGUGCCACUUCUCCUCUUCUGUUGUACGUGAGAAGGGCAGACGGCGUGAGAGGCUCCCCAGUUCCCUGUAAGCAGGAUCCAGUUGAACUCUGACUGAUGCGUGAGUGCAGACGAUUGUAACGAGAUGGUGUGAGGAGAGAGGGGCGCGGUAUCUCCGCGCCCCGGGGUGUCUCCGUCCCAUCGACACCCCCAGCACCCUCCCUCCAGAACCGCACUCACGCUCCGGUGGUGAAGCAGAGGCCGCGCUGGAACAAAUCCCUACAAAAAUGGGGGGGUGGGGGUAGGGAUCAUCUUCCAACAACUCCUUAACUGAAUAGUGCACAGGCAUGAAGAUUUCAGGAAGUGAUGCCCCACCCCAUCCCCUAACGAGAAGAAUAUCUGCAAGCUUCUGACAAUCGUUUGGUGAUUGAGAUCUGUACCGUAGGUUCCCAGAACCUACAGCGGAUCAAGGGCUUCUUCUCUCCUCACACGCAUGGAGUGGGAAUACUUUGGAACCAUCUGCGUAGGAGUUUGGGUGUUACUAUGCCACAGUCAUUUAUAAAAAAAAAAAAAAAACCCAGGAGAACAGGAGUACACCAGUGAGCUCUUUGGGACCUAAUUCAAGCUUUAGCUCGAAAAAGAGCAGUUAUUUCCACAAGGACCUUAGAAAAAGGACCCCAACUUUCUUCAAUUAAUCCUUCGCUCCUGACGAAAGGCCUCACAACGCAUUUAAUAACCAAUGACACAUGAUGUAAGCACAUGAACAACCUGAGCACACUCCACUCUACAGUCCACGGAUGGACGUGCUGAAGCAUGCUGUACUGGAUCUUCAGCGGUGGGUUCGAUGCGUCAUGGUUCGUGAGACUUUUUAAGAGUGCUCAUACUUGAAACCUGGCAGGCCAGAAAACCUACAAGCAUAGCCUGCUUGCCCCAGAGCUAUGAGUCAAAAGAACACAACUGUUUAGCCAAGCCAACACCAACCACUGAUUAUUACUGUAAGUGCAUGUAACUGCUACAGUGUGAUGUAAACAGUGAGGAUUUGGCCAUUAUUGUAAGACAUAAAUGAGCUUGAAAAGAUGCCCAGGGCAAAGUGAACCAUCCGUCUUUUUCACUGCUGAUGGGGGUGGGGGGGGACAGAGCUUUUUUUUAAUGAGAUAAGACUACAUAGAAUUUUCAUGUUGGACUCAUAAAUCUCCAACAUGUAUUAAAAGGGAUUAUAAUUGUAUUCAAAUGAGAUUCUGACAGUCAUGAGACAGAAUUACUUACAGCAUUAAGAAAGAGACUCAUGGAUCAUUUGUACCAGGCAUGCAGGACUGGUUACUAAAACUACGAAGAGUUGUGUUGACAGUUCACUGGUGUCCAUCUCUGAUGAUAGCUCAAGUCUGUAACUAUAGCCUCCCAGCUGCACGACUCUACUAGUCUAUAAGCACAGAUUGUUCUCACUGCCUGAACAGAAACGUCCACUUUAAAGGUCCACAAACGGACCUUUAAUGCAUCCCAGAGGAACCCCACACACAGUUAUUUGUAUGAUUACCCCUCUCACUGUUGUAGGAAUGAAUGGGUUUCUUUGUCUGUCUGCAGUUUCAUAUCAGGGAAUAAACUGUAGCUAUAAAAAAAUACACUGUAGAUACAAAAAUGUUUAUUGCACAUUUAAAUAUUCCCCUCUUUUUUUUUUCUUAUAUUAUUGUUAACUUAUCUCUUAUUUUUCUUAUAAAUCCAAAAAAAGAGAGGUGCUUGUGUCCCUUAUUUUGUAAUAAAUUACAGUUACAAGCCAAGUCCGGUAAGGCUUAAUUCAUAAGAGGCUAACAGAUGACUCAGCAGGGAGAUUUCUUGGUGAUUCCCCACCAUAAUAAAAGUUACCCGUUUAAUUAACA